AUGUCUCCCGUUACUUUAUUAUAUUACAGCCAACUACAACACAACAUGUCAACAGCUUCCAAAAUCACAUUUGCAGCUAGUUGUGCUCUUGCAGCAGGCUCAUUUGUGUUUAUCAACUACUCUCAGAAUUUAGAGAGAGAGGUUAAAAGACAGGGACCUAUCAAAGACGCAGCUAGAAUUGAAUCCAAACGUCAAAGCGACUUUUCUAAGAAGCAAUUGGUUAAUGAUGCGGAGCAUCGGGAACAACAAGAGUUGAGAGAUAAAUUGAUAAAGUUACAACCAUUAAGUGACGAAAUCAUUCGUGGUGAAGAUAAACCUUCAUCGUAG